AUGGUCCUUGUAGCUCAGAAAACCCGAGGUAGCGUUCAGGGGCAAAUUGUACGUUUGUCGGGCUGCCUCAGUAGUCGGCCUUCUGCUUGGCAGAGAGAGACGGCAGUGGCUGACAGAGCUGGGUACCUGAUGGGUCUGAAUUCUGCAGAAAUGCUGAAAGGCCUGUGCUGUCUAAGGGUGAAGGUUGGGAACGAAUAUGUCACUAAAGGGCAAAAUGUCCAGCAGGUGACCAAUUCGGUGGGCGCUCUGGCCAAAGCCGUCUACGAGAAGAUGUUCCUGUGGAUGGUCACCCGCAUCAACCAGCAGCUGGACACCAAGCAGCCCAGGCAGUUCUUCAUCGGGGUCUUGGACAUCGCUGGCUUUGAGAUCUUUCAUUUCAACAGCCUGGAGCAGCUGUGCAUCAACUUCACCAACGAGAAACUGCAACAGUUUUUCAACCACCACGUGUGCGUGCUGGAGCAGGAGGAGUACAAGAAGGAGGGCAUCGAGUGGACGUUCAUCGACUUCGGGAUGGACCUGGCCGCCUGCAUUGAGCUCAUCGAGAAGCCUAUGGGCAUCUUCUCCAUCCUGGAAGAGGAGUGCAUGUUCCCCAAGGCCACAGACACCUCCUUCAGGAACAAGCUGUAUGACCAGCACUUGGGCAAGUCCAACAACUUCCAGAAGCCCAAGCCUGCCAAAGGCAAGGCUGAGGCCCACUUCUCCCUGGUGCACCAUGCGGGCACCACGGACUACAACAUUGCCGGCUGGCUGAACAAGAACAGGGACCCCCUGAACGAGACCGUGGUCGGGCUGUACCAGAAGUCUUCGCUGAAGCUGCUGUCCUUCCUUUCUUCCAACUAUGCUGGUGCAGAAGCAGGCGACGCCGGGGUGAGCAAGAAGGGCGGGAAGAAGAAGGGCUCCUCUUUCCAGACCGUGUCCGCUGUGUUCAGGGAAAAUUUAAACAAAUUGAUGGCCAAUUUAAGGAGCACUCAUCCUCACUUUGUGCGAUGUCUGAUUCCCAAUGAGACCAAGACUCCUGGCGUGAUGGACCACCACUUGGUCCUGCACCAGCUGCGCUAUAACGGGGUCCUGGAGGGCAUCCGGAUUUUCAGGAAAGGGUUCCCCAGCCGGAUCCUCUAUGUUGACUUCAAACAGCGGAAAGGCUUCCUCAGACAGCAACUUGUGCUCCUGAAUUCAAAAGCUACCCUCAUUCCUGGGUGCUCGAGGCUGCACUUGGGCGGCUCAGCUGGGCUGGAAAAAGCAGUGACCCCAGAUGAGGGGCUGUGGGCCUCCUGCAGAGGGUUGCCCAAAAGGUCCGGGUGUCUGUGGAGAAAAGAAACAGGAGAUUUGGAUCAGAGAAUUAAAGUGGCCUCCAUGAGUAAUGUGGAAAGAAUGUGCCGGACUGUGGAAGACCAAUUUAAUGAAAUCAAGGCCAAGGAUGACCAACAGACACAGUUAAUCCAUGAUCUGAACAUGCAGAAGGCGAGGCUGCAGACCCAAAAUGGUGAGGAUGGGCAGGGCCCGGUGAUCCCACUGGGCCGUGGGAGAGGGUGGUCCAAACUCUGA